UCGCGUGGGUUUUCGAAAUGGCGUGGAAAUGCAAACAGCAACUGUAGUAGACAAAUAACAAAAUCAUACGGUUCGACGUUCGAGGGAAUACUUUAGUUUCGUCAACGACACAUAUACGAUGUUGCUGAUUUAUCCGAUACGGUUUGUCUUGUGUAACCAUAACGACGUUGUGCAUUCAUGCGUGAAGGCGAAAGAAACCAGUCAAAACCAAAACAUCACAAGUUUUCCUUCAUUGUUCAUGUUUCGUUGGUUACGUCAUAGCCUAGUUACGCUGAGUGAUUUUCAAGGAAAUGCUGCAUUUUUUCACAGACGUAUGUUACAUAUAUAGGUGUCCAGCAGUUAAAUUACUGUAUUUUGCUAUAACUGGUACAGGGCUUACAAUCAAAAUGGAAGCGGAUGGUUCGAUAUUUAAAAGGUUGUGCGACUCGAAGUUUAUAACGGACGAAGGGAACAUCCAUGAUAUCGGGAGUUUAACAGGAGACCAACUUCUUCAGCGGCUCAUUGAGUUGGUGGAUAACUUUGGAGAUACUUCUGCAGACAACCAUCAGUUUAAAAUAGGACGGAAAACUAUAUUCCAAAUUCUUAAAGUUUCUUUGCCAGCAAUGGAUGGUUAUCUGGAGUUAGAAAUGAAGGGAAAAGUAAAAGAAAUAGACAAGUCGUUCGAGAAAACAGUAACGAAAAAUUUUGACAAAGAUUUCAACCACUUUCUAAUCACAAAAAUAAGCGAACAAGAUCCGCUAUUGGUUGGUUUCUGUGCUUCGUUGCUGAUCAUUUUUCGAAUCGCUACUCAGAAGUUUAAUCUUCCGCAUUUAAGCCGCGCUGAGUUAGCUAGGGGUAUUUGGUUUGCUCUGACCUGCAAUAUGCCGGAGACUAUUAUAAAUAUACUUCAAAGAGAUAAGCCGGAAAACAGCAGAAGCAUCUACGACACUUUAAAGUUACAAGCUUCGAAGAUAAAUCCGCAAUUGAUUUCUCCACAGAAGUCAAAACCAAGUACGAAUGUUAAAAGGACGAAACCAAAUACAUUAACACAAACGUCAACUGAUGAACAACAAAUGCCAACUUCAACGACCAGCAAUCCACCACCGGAACCACCUGUGAAAAAAGUUAAAGUUGAAGCAGCAAGGCGACCUAAAAAGAAGGUUGCUGUGGAUCUAACUUCAACAUCAAGUGUGCAACAACCAAGUCAGUCCAAUGUUACUCUGGAGAGAAAUGAUGAAACAAGUCCUUGGCCAACGUGGGAACAUGCAAACCGUAAAGAGUCGAAGGUUCCCAUUCAUAAACCAGACCGUCAGAAUGUUAACAAUACCCACCAUUCUAACGAAAGUGUCAGACAGCAGACGAGCAAUGACCAGCAGUCAUUAGGUUCAACACUAGCUUGGAUUCAAGAUCUGAUCAAAAAACGAAUGUCGGAAACAAAUUAAACAAGCAUUUAUGGUCCAGGCCUAACAGUACAAACGAAAACCUUACUCAGUAAGCACCGCGUUUCGGGCUUUAAUGUAUAAUGAUGCACUACCUUAACACAGGACUCUCUUCAUUCUGAGUACAACACCUUGUAAUCACUAUACUGGUGUACUAAUAAUCACUGACGACAUUGGAUUGCGUAUGGGUGCACGCAGAUUUAAUGUCAGGCAAUUGAAAUACCAGUUGCGUAACCAUAUGCAGCUAUACAUAUAAAACUACUUUUGUGGUUAAAAUAUUUCUACAAAUGGUACUCGUAUAGAGGAAUUGGAAAAUUAUUUUUUUUGGCGACAUUUUCUGAUCUUACUACGAUAUGUACAGUUUAAUGGCAGUCGGUCUGUCUUGUCAUGAUGUCAUUGCGUCUUGCUUUUCUUCUCCUGCCACGUUCCGGCCAAUUCGAUGUGAAGUAACCGACCAUACAACCGGCCAGAAUGCAGAUCACAAUCGAAACAUUAUACGUCAUUACAGAUAGCAUUAUGACGUAAGAAACGAGCAACUGCACGCCAUGAACUAGUGUCUCGAUCAAAUGAAUCGUGACCAACGUUCCGUGAGGAAUUGGUGAACUGUGACAAGUGUAAAUAAAUGAAGAAAUGAAUAAAAUUUAUUUAUACCUGCGUGGCAACGACAGUCGUUAUAACAUAUCAUAUAUGCACCAAACUUUACAAUCUGAUUCAUAUUUGUGGAUGAGACAAGAAUACCUUUGAACAAAAGGUUUCGCUAGUAACCAGUGCCAGCCAUGUACAAGAAAUGUUUUGUAAAAAUAGUGUAUAUAUAGUUUAAAAAAUAUUAACAUUCUUGUGUACCUAUCUUCCCUUUGCUUCUCUUUUUUGAUUCUUACUUCAGUAUCCAUGCGACUGUCGUCGAUCUUGGGCAAUCCGUUUCUGAUUGGUUGCUUUACCACCAACUGCAACAGUGUAAAUAUAUUCGUAUUUAGACAAUACUCAAAGAUUGUAACAAUAAACCUAAUAAUUUUA